AUGCUACAGUUGGACGAGGAGAGCACUCCAAAUUGGAUGAGCAACACGAAGCAGUCACCAAGGCGAGGCGUCAGCAUGCAGCCCACCGUCAACAGCCCCUCGUUGCAGCAGCACCAGCAUCAACAGACUCAACAGAAGGGCUCCUUGCAGUUGUGGAGGUUUCUUGUCACGAUGCUCGAUGACCCAGGAAGUCAGCACCUCAUCUGUUGGGCUGGCCGUAAACUCGAGUUCAAGCUGAAUGAACCCGAGGAGGUCGCUAGACUAUGGGGCAUUCAGAAAAAUCGUCCAACGAUGAAUUACGACAAACUGAGUCGUUCCCUUCGAUACUACUAUGAGAAGGGCAUAAUCAGUAAGGUUUCGGGUGAGCGCUAUGUCUACCGCUUCGCCUUCGAGCCUGAGGUGUUAGCUAGACUAAGUCUCGAAGACUCUCUUCCCCCCGUUCCACCAACCCGACCAGACGAAGCCUGGCACUGCGAUUCCUCUGCUACCCGGGAAGUGGUCUUUCCACCACCACCGCCGCCACCGCCACCCCCUCCUCCCCCUCCACCACCACCACCGCCUCCUGCACAAGUUCCAGUGCAGGAGAUCAUCUAUCAGCCCCAAUGGGAAGAACAGAUUAUAUAUCCUAACACUUAUGACUAUGAAUGGAGCAAUGAGUAUCAGGCUUCCAGCGAGCCGAGAACACACAAUUUUGUGGCUGGAAAUGAUCAGCAGUACGAGUACGCUUACAUGUACGACCACACCAGCCAAGCUUACUGCACUGAGCCAGAUCCUGGAGCGUAUGAGUAUUAUGAGUGUCCUGAGUACUUUUAA